UGGACGAAUUAGGGGGCGUGUUGGGGAAUUUCCCACAAGGCGGAAGCACCCGAGCUCCCGGCAGAGCCCACCUACAGGCGGGCGGCCGCUGGGGGCCCAGAGGUGGCUGGGGCCAUGGCUGGGGUCGCGUGCUUCGGGAAAGCUGCGGACGCGGAUGAAUGGUGCGACAGCGGCCUGGGCUCUCUGGGUCCGGACGCGGCGGCCCCCGGAGGACCAGGGCUGUCUUGGGCGCCCCUUGUCUUUGGCUACGUCACUGAGGAUGGGGACACGGCACUGCACUUGGCUGUGAUUCAUCAGCAUGAACCUUUCCUGGAUUUCCUUCUGGGCUUCUCAGCCGGAACCGAGUACCUGGACCUGCAGAAUGACCUAGGCCAGACAGCCCUGCACCUGGCAGCCAUCCUGGGGGAGGCAUCCGCGGUGGAGAAGUUGUAUGCAGCAGGCUCUAGGUUGUGCGUGGCAGAGCGUGGGGGUCACACAGCGCUGCACCUGGCCUGCCGUGUUGGGGCCCACGCCUGCGCACGUGCACUGCUCCAGCCCCGCCCACGGCGCCCCAGGGAAGCCCUCGACACUUACCUCGCUCAGGACCCCGACCACACCCCUGUCGUCUUGUACCCUGAAUCCGACUUGGAGAAGGAAGAGGAGGAGAGUGAGGAGGACUGGAAGCUGCAGCUGGAGGCUGAAAACUAUGAUGGGCACACCCCACUCCACGUGGCCGUCAUCCACAAAGAUGCGGAGAUGGUCUGGCUGCUCCGAGAGGCUGGAGCUGACCUCAACAAGCCAGAGCCCACGUGCGGCCGGAGCCCCCUGCACUUGGCAGUGGAGGCCCAGGCGGCCGAUGUGCUGGAGCUUCUCCUGAGCGCAGGGGCGGACCCUGCUGCCCGCAUGUACGGCGGCCGCACCCCGCUGGGCAGUGCCACGCUCCGGCCCAACCCCACCCUCGCCCGCCUCCUCCGCGCACAUGGAGCCCCAGAGCCCGAGGAUGAAGACGACAAGCGUGGCCCCAGCAGCAGCAGUAGUGACAGUGACAGCGACAGUGACAGCGGGGAUGAGGGCGACGAAUACGACGACAUUGUGGUCCACAGUGGCCGGAGCCAAACCCGGUCGCCUCCCACCUCAGCCUCGAAGCCUCUUCCUGACGACCCUGGCCCUGUCUGAUGUGUUUAAUUUUUAAUAUAGUUUCCAAUUUAAUAAAAUCCCAGUUCUGACAACCA